AUGUCCAAAGUCGAACUCGGUGUGCAGACGGAGCGUGCUUUCCAAAAGCAGCCCAUCUUCCUCAACACUAAGCUCGUUGGGGGUAAGAAGGUCAGCACCCGAACCAAGAGGUGGCACAAGGACGUCGGCCUCGGUUUCAAGACUCCGCGAGCGGCGAUUGACGGCAACUACAUUGACAAGAAGUGCCCAUGGACCGGUCUCGUCUCUAUUCGUGGCCGUAUCCUUUCGGGUCGUGUCGUCUCCACCAAGAUGCAGCGCACCAUCAUCAUUCGUCGGGAAUACCUCCACUUUGUCCCCAAGUACAACCGUUACGAGAAGAGGCACAAGAACCUUGCAGCACACUGCAGCCCUGCAUUCCGUGUCGACGUCGGCGAUGAGGUCACCGUCGGUCAGUGCAGGCCGUUGAGCAAGACGGUCAGGUUCAACGUUCUCAAGGUGACCAAGAACAAGGCUAUCGAGAGGGCUGCCAAGCAGUUCGGUCGCUUCUAA